GAAGAUGAAAUGUUGAUUUCCUGUAUAAAAUUAGCCAAAUCCCAAGAAAAGAAAAUUAGUACUGGUAGCACCAAAGGAAAGGAAGAAAUGAAGAUUGGAUUGGAUUCUAUUUCGGCAUCACUGGCUAGAUCCAGCACUGCAACUGGAUGCAACUUGGCCGACAUGUUAUCCCACGAUGAAGGUGAAGUUCAGAUGUGGAACAGCUGGAAGACUUUUCCAGAAAACCCUCUCUGGACAUGUGCUGAUUUCCAAAUUGCCCAAACUGGACCCUGGAACAACUGUUCUCGCUGCACUCACCACCCACCACUUAAGCCUUCUUAUACAGAUACGGAUCUCCCCCACUCUUGGCGCAGCAGCAGUUUUGGGAAUUUUGAUCGUUUUCGGAAUAACUCCAUUUCAAAACCAGAUGAUUCAACGGAGGUAUAUGAAGGGGAACCCAUAAAUGAAAGUGGAGAACAAAAUAAAACUUCAAAUAAUGGAGGAGGUUUAGGGAAAAAAAUGAGAGCUAUUUCCUGGACAAUGAAGAAAAAAGUGGGUAAAAAGUACAUCAAAGCCCUUUCUGAGGAAAAGGAUGAGGAAGAUGGAGAGGGUGCCCUCCCAUAUCGGAACAGUGACCCAAUGAUUGGAUCUCACACAGAGAAGGUCUCCCUCAAAGCCAGUGACUCCAUGGAUAGUCUCUACAGUGGGCGGAGUUCAUCAAGUGGAAUAACAAGCUGUUCAGAUGGUACAAGUAACCGGGAUAGCUUUCGACUUGAUGAUGAUGGCCCCUACUCUGGACCAUUCUGUGGCCGUGCCAGAGUACAUACAGAUUUUACACCAAGCCCCUAUGACACUGACUCCCUCAAAAUCAAGAAAGGAGACAUCAUAGACAUUAUCUGCAAAACGCCAAUGGGGAUGUGGACAGGAAUGUUGAACAAUAAGGUGGGAAACUUCAAAUUUAUUUAUGUGGAUGUCAUCUCCGAAGAGGAAGCAGCCCCCAAGAAAAUAAAGGCACACCGAAAGAGUGGAAAGGAAAAACCCAAGACUCUGCAGGAGUUCUUAGAGAGGAUUCACCUUCAGGAAUAUACCUCAACACUUUUGCUCAAUGGUUAUGAGACCCUAGAAGAUUUAAAGGAUAUACGAGAGAGUCAUCUCAUUGAAUUAAACAUUAAAAACCCAGAAGACAGGAUGAGAUUACUAUCAGCUGCUGAAAAUCUCCUUGAUGAAGGAACUAUUCAAGAGCAAGAAAAUGAACCUGUGCCCCUCUCCUUAAGCCCAGACAUCUCCUUAAAUAAGUCACAGUUAGACGACUGCCCAAGGGACUCUGGUUGUUAUAUCUCAUCAGAAAAUUCAGAUAAUGGCAAAGAAGAUCUGGAGUCUGAAAAUCUCUCUGACAUGGUACAGAAGAUUACUAUCACAGAGCCAAGUGACUGAACACACUUUCUCAACUUUAUAUCUAUAGAUGCAUUCCAUUUUAACCCUACUUGAGCUAAAAGAUCAAACAGGAGAGAAAGAAAGCAUUUGCCGAUACAGCCUAAAGUUAAAAUGUUUUAAUCUAAAUGAUUUUACAUAAGAGUUCAUGUCUCUAACAUUCCCAAUUAUUGUAAAUAGUAUGUAUAUUUAUUAUUUUAAAUGCUACCUGUUAAUAUUUCACUUGCCUGUGUUAGAAAAGCUAUAGUGUUAGUCUUUGAUAUGUGUGAGAUAAGCUUUAUUCAGCUUUAAGUGUGAAAUGAUAAAUUCUGCAGGAAAAAAAAACUCCUUUUUUCAUACCUGCCAGUUUUGCAUUUGUGUCUGUUAUUCAACAAAUAGUAAUGGAGCAUGUGUCUGUUUAACCAACUGUCCAAGCAGCAUUCACACUCAUUUUUAUACUUAAUGGGAGAGUGUGAGUUAAUACUGGAGACAUUUCAUCCUGAUCCACAGUGGAGUUUUAGUAAUUACUUUUUGUUAAUUUCUUCACUGUUAUCUGGUAUAAAAGUAUAGAUAACAAGAUAUUGUUGAUUCUCAUUUAGUAAAAUGAAUUUUAAUAAUUGUACAGAUGUUUCAUCUUUAAUUGUAAAUAUUUUUAAUUGUGAAAUACCCUAAUUUUAAUAAUAAAAAGAAGUAUG